AUGGUGUCUCCAUCUUGACCCACUAGCGUGUUCCUAUCCACGCACGUAUUUUCCGUUCCUGGGGCGUUUCUUGGUGAAGAGGAAAAGGCUACAAGGGGGAAGGGUAGUAUGAUCUCUCACAUGAGAGGCAUCGAAUCCCGGGUUCCAUUGCGUGGGACGUCGCCAGAAACCGGGUGCUUUAAGAUUUUUGUUUCUAGCUCCGCCAUUCCCUCAGAAUGACACGAGCAAACGAACUGAAAGCAAAAACAACACCUCCUCCCCGAACUGCCUAUUUCUCUUCACUUUACCUUUGUUCUUGGAUGGAAAAAUCCAUCCUUGCAUUUUAUCAACGUCUGCUACAUCACCCUGUCGGCCACAUGUUCCUCUAG